AUGUCGGCACGUUUGGGGCUUCGGAGGCUAUCAAAAGCCCCUAGUGGGUGGUGCGGACAUGCUUACAGAGUGAAACCCUCGCUUCGUGCGUACUCCAGCGCCCCAAUCGAGCCAGAGCACCGAGCCGCCGUUCAAGCUGAGAGCAAUCUUCAGCCAGGGCAUUCGGCGCCCUUUAAGAUACGGAAAUUUCCAGCGAGGAAUAAAAGUAAUGCCACUGAUGACGCCAUUGCGAGACAUAUCGCGAAAACGAAGCCCUCAGGCUAUAAUGCUCAGACUGGUGAGAUCCCGAAGCCUGUCGUGGACACAUCGCGCCUAUGGCUUCCAAUCGACGGCGUCGAGAUGCCAAUAGCUCGUCUUCGCUUGCGAGACGCGUGCACUUGUUCAAAAUGCAUUGAUCCAUCGACAAAACAGCGUAAUUUUGCAACCUCGGACCUCGACAUGGAGGUCGCUGAGAAGGACGUGUCGAUUCAGCCCGAUAAGAUUGUGGUAACCUGGAGCGGUAGUAAUGGGGAUCCUGAUGGCUCGCAUAUUUCGGAGUAUAGCAUGGACCAGCUCAGAUCCUUAUUUCAGCCUCCGGUUCCUCGGCAUAAACGUGCGGGGGGCUAUCGAAUUGCGUGGAACAAGGAAUCCUUCACAAGGAACCAGCAUUGGAUCUCUUUUGAUGAAUAUAUGAAUGAUGAGAAAAAGUUCAGGGGCUUUAUGCGCAGCUUAUACAGAUAUGGAUUGGUUUUUGUCAAGGAUGUCCCCGAAUCAACAGAAAGUGUGUCGCAAAUCGCAACAAAGAUGGGCCCAUUGCGCAACUCGUUUUACGGCUCGACCUGGGACGUUCGAAGCCAGCCAGAUGCUAAAAAUGUGGCUUACACGAAUAAAUUCUUGGGAUUUCAUAUGGACCUACUAUAUAUGGCCGAUCCACCGGGUUACCAGCUCUUGCACUGCAUGAGUAACUCCCUCCCGGGCGGAGAAUCCAUGUUUUCGGACACUGUUCGCGCUGCGGAACAACUAUACAGAACCCAUCGACACGAUUAUAACAGGCUUUGGACCACCCCGGUUCGAUUUGGUUAUUUCAACGACGGCCAACGCUAUGAAUAUACGCGCCCUACAUUCGAGGGUGACAGGAUGGGUGACAUCAAGCUCCACAACGGUGUGGAAGUAGGACCAACCUUCAGGUCCUGGGUCAAGGCGAUGCGUGUCUUUGCAAAUAGUCUGGAGAAGCCAGAAAACGUAUUCAAAUUGAAAUUGAAUCCGGGCGAAUGCGCGAUUUUCGCAAACCGGCGCGUUGUCCACGCUCGAGAAGCGUUUGACCUGUCGGGAAGUGAUAAUCAGGAACGCUCCCGUUGGCUACGCGGUGCAUAUGUAGACGAGGAUGCACUGCUGUCCAAGUUUGAGAUCUGUCGCGCGCAGAACCCUGAAGAGUGGCGUGAAGUGACGGAGGAGCAGUGGAUGUCCCGCAGUUUAACUCCACGCGCGAUCCGCGAGAAGAUGAUCGGGCGAUCACAGCCAGAACCAGUUCAAGACUCUACUGUUACUGAAUAA